AUGAAGGUCUUGUCCACUAUCGCUGUCACGGCUGCUGUGGUCAAGACCGUCUGUGCUCAAUCACCGCUGUCGUUGACCUCGACCACUAGUAACGUGACGUCGUCAAGUCCUUCGACCUCGACGAAAUCCCAGCCGUCCUCCCGAACAAAGGCGUCGUCCAACAACUUGCCUGGGAGUGACUUUAUGGCCUCAUUGACCACUGACUCGUCAGUAGCCAAGUCGGAUGCCUAUCACAUGAUGCCUGUGCAUGCAGUACAUGUCCGAGUGCAGAGCGACAUGCCCGUGUGGAAUGACGAGCUCGGGCGCUUUGUGUCAUCCUUCUAUGACGAUUCUAGCGAGGCGUACGUGGGUCUCAUGGAUACAGUGAACACCGCAUCGGUGGAGGGUGCGCUCAUGUAUGUGCAGGCUGAAGGUAUCAACUAUGCCACCCGGUCGGAAGAAGAUCGAUGCAAGCGCAAGAAUGAGAUGGCCUACCUUGUCUUUUACGAGUACGCCAUUGCACAGACAAACGAGACGCUAGCGCUGUACCAGGACACAGCUAGUCAGAAUGAGUACGGUCCAAUGUUGGCCAUGGACUCGGGUCGCUGCACGCCCGACUCGACCACGUCGUCCGGUGAUGAAGCUUUUCCUACGGCCUGCUACUACUUUAACGGUGAAGACGGCGAGCCAAACGUCGGUCCAUUUGUAGGUGGCACGACAAAGGAGACGGACCCCCGUGCUCCGUAUCCAAACAACGUCUGGUACUCGUUCCCACACACGUGUCCACUCAAUGAAUGGGGCGACAAGUCGACCGAGUGCCGCACGGGCACGCGCAAGGGACUUUGUGACCUUGGCGUUAUGCCCGAUGGCAUCAGCUGUACGUUUGCGUACCGCGUGCUUGGGUUCAUUUCGAUUGAUGACCUCGUGGGCAUCACGUCUAUGGAGAACAACAAGACAGGUGAGACGUAUGCCGACUUUGCCGAGUUUUGUGAAGAUGGCGGUGUGGAGUUUAGGGCCUCGGAGGCCGGCGAGUGGAUUGAGAGCAUUCCAUUUUGGAAGAGCCCACAGGACGAAGAGACGAAUGCCGAGCGCGCGGCAAAGCUCGUCGAAGCCUAUUAUAACCUGACGAAUGGUCUAAUCGAGACGUCCGGCCUAGACUCGAGUGUCAUUGAACACAUGCUGCCCCUGCCCACUCCCGAGGAGCUCGCGGUCGAGAACCCGGCGUGCUAUCUCAAUGUCGAGAAGUGCAACACGGAGGUUGGCUGCAAACGUGAGCUGUACGGUUCCACGUGCACAGUCUGUACGUCGACGUCGGAUGGAUGCGAGGCUCCACCGAGCGACUGGAAGUUUCCGUCUUUGGAGAAAGCAGUGGGCGAGAAUGGCGGCACUGGAGAUGUUUCGGGGAGCGGGUCGUCGACUAAGGACUCGGAUUCGACGGACAAUGGCGCUGCGAUCAACGGUUUGUCCACCGUGCUCAUGUCGACAAUGCUGACUCUGGUCGUCAUCCAGUUUGUCUAG